AUCUAAUCAACCUUUCACUACCAAAUGGCCAUCAUAAUGGAAUUAAAAAGUGAAAGUGUUUCAGAAACAUUCAAGAUUUAGUGUCUUACUGAUCUUCUGAAAUGUCGUCACAGUGUCGGACCUGUGGUCAGAAGACAUAUAGCAAUAGUACAAUAGAUAUCUUUGAAGGAAACGAUGUAAUCAUCAAACAAAUCGCUCUGGUAACAGGCCUUCAGCUUACUGACCAACUGGAUUUUCCGAAGAAAAUGUGCUUUUCUUGCCUGGGCAGCUUGAGGGGAGCCAUACAUUUUCGGGAGCUCUGCGUUGCCACAAACCAACGCCUCAUUCUAGAUACCCUGGAUUCCGGAUCAGAGAAUCAGGAUCAAGAGGAUUUUAAUGAUACGCCCAGUAGCACGGCGAAAUUGGCUUUAAAAAUAAAGAAUAUUGAUGAUGAUGUGGAGACCGAGAUAAUUAGGCAGAUAAAGGAGAUAAUUGAAGAGGAUGAAGCGGAAUAUUACAAUACUCACUUACAGAAUCCCACAAAUACGAAAACCACCUGCAACACAUCUCAUGGAACUCAACUAAUCCCCCAGGAAAGCACACAAAAAAAUGUACAAAAAAAGAGCAGGGCCACAAAGAUAUAUUUCUGUGAUCAGUGCGGCAGGGAGUUCAACGACAGAGCCAACCUUCAUCUGCAUCUGGUCCGCCACACGGGCAUUAAGCCCUUUGAGUGUCCGGACUGUGGGAAAAGAGAAUUCAACAUGUAUCUCUUGAACAUCCACAUACGUGUCAAGCAUCGCGGAGAGAAGCCUUUCGCCUGCAAAUACUGCGACAAGAGAUUCGUGGACAGCACCCAGAGGAGCCGCCACCAAAGCCGGAUGCACGAGCUUAAGGUGACAAACAAAAGGUACAAGUGCGCAUUCUGCAACUUGAGAUUUGAGGUCAAAUCCCAAUUGAAAAAGCACGAGGUUGUGCACUCCGGUGAGCGUAACUUUCCCUGCGAAAUAUGUAAUGUGUCCUUCACUCGUAAUUUUAACCUAAAAACCCAUUACCGAUCAAAGCUGCACAAAAAGAAAGCAGAGAAAAAGUCUGAAAGAAACCUAGAAUAAAAUAAGACUCAAAUAAUUUGUAA